UAUACCCACAUUGGAUUAGAGCGUCACUGUCCGGUACAGGGCAUCAAUCAUCCGAUGCGAGGGACUCGACGCCGGUGAAUAAACGAGUCACAUUUAACAAGAGUUUGGACGGAAUCUUUAUGGGAAAUGGGGGUACCAAUACGAGAGAAGAUUUGGACACGAAAAUCUGUAUUUUUUGGUGUCGGGUUAACAUCUUCCUUAUCCAUAUUUGUUUGAAAUCUCCCGGUGCAAAUCACAGCAGUAGCACGCUAACGCGUUCCAUCGCACUACAUCUGCAGUUGUUGGUCGGUGACAAACUAGCUACCGUUAGUUAGCUGUAACCAGAAUAUGGAUAUUUUUGUAAAGACAAUAGAGAUGAUUGUGCUCGAGCGUUUAGCUGCUUUUACGUUAUGACCUGUUAACGUUAGUCCUGUAUUGGAAAUCUGACCGCUAAACCCAUUCCUCUGUAGUCAGUGGUAUCAAGGUGACGGAUGGAAGUAGCUAAGCUAAAGCCACUGGACUUGUGAACCGGUGUAGUUAAACUAACUAUGGCUAAUGCUAUGUGCCGUGGAAUGUCGUACGCUAGCUAGCGAAAUAUUGAGUAACUAGCUAGCAGCUACCAUGAAUUAUAUUGUGUUAGCUAACCUCCGACAGAUGUUGGGUGUUAUGUCGGCAUUCAAAUGUAAUAUGUAAUGUAUACCACGGGCUUACACCAUGUAUGUGGUUGGCCUCGUCCUUGUCAACCCCUGUGGUUGACACAUGUAUCGGUUUUUAAAAGCAAACAGCGGGAUAAAAACGCUGUCACCGGGUAGUGGUGCUGAAAAGAAAGAACAUAUUUUCUGUCGCUAGCUCGCUACAGUACUGUAGCUAUGGGAGCUAGCUAGCUAUAUAGCUAGCAGCACAUUAUAGCUAGCUAACCCCCUCAGAUUUUAUCAAUGGUGUCUAAUAAAUUUUUAUUCGCAAUAAUUCUAUUAUAUGUGUAUAUAGGUGUACAGUCAUUAUUUUACUUUUUUGGCGGCGUCGUUUUAACUAUUUUGGUUGCUAUGGCAUUUUUAAAUGGACCCAGACUAUUAGACUGGGCGAAUUCACCUCCUCAUCUUCAAUUCAACAAAUACGUCCUGACUGGAUACCGACCAAUAUCUUCUGUCCAAGACUGUAUAAGAAGCCUUUUUUACAUGCACAACGAACUGGGAAACAUAUACACACAUGGUAUCCCUCUGCUCUGCUUCCUGUUCCUCAUCCCGCUCAACUUCCCCUGGUCCCAGAUCAGUGUGACAUGGCUGGGUGUGGUCCACUUCCUGGCCUGCCUGUCCCCCCAGCUGGGCUCUGUGCUCUACCACCUCUUCAUGAACCACGAGGGAGGAGAGCCUGUCUACCACACUCUUCUCACCCUCGACAUGUGUGGCAUCUGUAUGAUCAACACGCUGGGAGCGCUGCCCAUCGUCUACAGCACCCUGCUGUGCUACCCAUUCACCCGCACAGUGGCUCUGCUCGUCUACAUCCUGUUGUCCAGCUACGCUAUCUACUCGGCCAUCACGGCGCGGAGUAGCGUGCGGCGCCUGCGCUCCUUUGCCUGGCAGGCCCUGUUCCGCUUCUCCUUCUUCCUGCUGCGCUGGGUGGGCGUGGGCGGCGGCAGCCCCACCUCGCUGCAACACUUCCUCACCAUGGACGCGCUGGCUGUACUGGGCGGGAUCAUCAACAUCUCGCGCAUCCCAGAGCGCUUCCGCCCGGGCCUCUUUGACUACUGGUGCAACAGCCACCAGAUCAUGCACGUGCUGGUGGUGGGCUCCAUCCUCUACCUGCACUGGGGUGUGCUGGACGACCUGCUCUGGAUCAACAGCCACCACUGUCCCUCAGACUGAGCCCCACCCUGCCUGGAGGGGGACCAGCGGGGAACAGGGUUUAGGACCUCUGGGGGGCUGUUUCAAUAGGUAAUGCUUGGGAAGGGAAGAUGGGAGGUGUUCAUGAAGACGUGCAUGGAAGACCAGAUAAAGUGUUUUACAUAAUAGGGAUUGAUGCAGGCUUUGACACAUGUGCAAGAAUGUUCAUACUGUAUCUGUGUCCACCUUGCCAUUAUACAUGCGUUGCUAUUUAUAUUAGGGAAUAUUGGCUCACUGGUCAACACACACACACACACACACACACACACACACAGCAGAGGAUCUGUGAAGAUUACACACAAAGGAGAUUAAGGAUUUGAUAUCAGAAAUACACAUAGAAAUGUCUACAAAAAAAAUCAUGAUAUGCAAGUGAAGUUACACUUGAGCAAUAGUUGAUUUGCUGUUGACUUAUCCUCAUGUGUUAAUUACCAUUUCAACCUAUGUCUUUUAUCAAAGUGGAUCCUUCAAUGAUGCAUUCAUUCUUUCUGAAGUAUUUUUCAGAUGUCAUUCUAUUGCAACCUAUGCAGCACAUAGCAUAUAAACUUCAGAACAAACACACACACCGUACACACUCACAGCGUAGCAUGCAUACAUGCUAGUAAUGCACAAAGCACUCCCAGACCCGUCACAGAGUCCUAUGGAACUACUUGAGUUACUGUGUAUUAGAGAGGAUAUUCUCCCUCUCAUUAUUUCUUCCAUGUUUGUUUGUCUUUCUCCCUUCUCUCUGGCUUUGUCUGUCUCUCUGUGGUCAGGUAUGGGUGAAGGGUAUGGGUAACUGGGUAUGGCUAACUGGGUAUGGGUGAAGGGUAUGGGUAACUGGGUGAAGGGUA